CCCGGGUGUCUGCCCGCAGCGUUCGCGAGAUGCCCAAGUGGAGCCUGCGGCGGAGGCCGGGCCGCACACUCGGACUCGUGCUGCUGCUGUUCUUGAGCUUCCUGGUGCUCCGCAGGUUGAACUGGAGCACUCUGCUUCCUCUAUGGCUUCAGCAUCGGCGCCUGGGACUUCGAACAAAAGGCCCAGACUUUAUGCUGGAGGACUCCACUUUUCAGAUUUUUGGGGGAUCCAUACACUAUUUCCGUGUGCCCAGGGAAUACUGGAGGGACCGCCUGCUCAAAAUGAAAGCCUGUGGCUUGAAUACCCUUACCACCUAUGUGCCCUGGAACCUCCAUGAGCCAGAAAGAGGCAAAUUCAACUUCUCUGGGAACCUGGACCUGGAGGCCUUUAUCCAGCUGGCUGCGAAGAUUGGCCUGUGGGUGAUUCUGCGACCGGGGCCCUACAUCUGUAGUGAGAUUGACCUCGGGGGCUUGCCCAGUUGGCUCCUCCAAGACCCGAACAUGAAGCUGAGAACAACGUACCGUGGCUUCACUAAAGCAGUGGACCUUUAUUUUGACCACCUGAUGUCCAGGGUGGUGCCACUCCAGUAUAAGUAUGGGGGACCCAUCAUUGCUGUGCAAGUGGAGAAUGAAUAUGGUUCCUAUAACAAAGACCGUGCAUACAUGCCUUACAUCAAGAAGGCCUUGGAAGACCGUGGCAUUAUAGAGAUGCUCCUGACCUCAGACAACAAAGACGGCCUGGAAAAGGGAGUGGUUGACGGAGUGCUGGCCACAAUCAACUUGCAGUCACAACAGGAGCUGAAGGAACUGAACAGUGUUCUCUUAUCUAUACAGGGGAUUCAACCAAAGAUGGUGAUGGAGUACUGGACAGGGUGGUUUGACUCAUGGGGUGGCUCCCACAAUAUCUUGGAUUCCUCUGAGGUCUUGCAAACAGUGUCUGCUAUCAUCAAAGCUGGCUCCUCCAUCAAUUUGUACAUGUUCCACGGAGGCACAAAUUUUGGCUUCAUAAAUGGAGCCAUGCAUUUUAAUGACUACAAGGCUGAUGUCACCAGCUAUGACUAUGAUGCUGUAUUGACAGAGGCUGGAGAUUAUACUGCCAAAUACACCAAGCUUCGAAACCUCUUUGGAACCUUCUCAGGUAUCCCUCCACCUCCUCCACCUGAACUUACUCUUAAGAUGAUCUAUGAGCCAAUGAGGCCAUCUUUCUACCUCUCACUGUGGGAUGCUAUCCUGCUCUUGGAUGACCCAGUCCAGUCUGAGACUCCCAUCAACAUGGAGAACCUGCCAGUAAACAACGGUAAUGGGCAGGCCUUUGGGUACAUCCUGUACGAGACCACCAUCUUUUCAUCUGGAGUCCUCAGUGGCCUUGUGCGUGACCGGGGGCAGGUCUUUUUGAACAGGGUAUCCAUAGGAUUCUUGGACUAUAAAACAACGAAGAUUACUAUCCCCUUGACCCAGGGUCACACCAUGCUGAGGAUCUUGGUGGAAAAUUGUGGGCGAGUCAACUAUGGGGAUAAUAUUGACACUCAGCGAAAAGGUUUAAUUGGAAAUCUCUAUCUGGAUAAUAAUCCUCUGAAAAACUUCAAAAUCUACAGCCUGGAUAUGACAAAGCCGUUCUUACAGAGGCUCAUCAUGGACAAGUGGAGUUUCAUUCCCAAAGAGCCCAGCUUUCCUGCUUUCUUCCUGGGUGCCUUGUCAGUGGGCAUUUACCCCUCUGACACAUUUCUGAAGCUAGAGGGCUGGGUGAAGGGGGUUGUAUUCGUCAAUGAUCAAAACCUUGGACGCUACUGGAACAUAGGACCUCAGGAGACUCUCUACCUCCCAGGUGUCUGGCUAGAGAAAGGACUCAACAAGGUCAUCAUCUUCGAGGAGACAAUGGCAGGCUCCGUGGUACAGUCUACUGAUACCCCCUACCUGGGCAGGAACCAGUAUGUUAACUGAACAACAGUCCCAGCCUUCCUGCUGUGGUUGGCAGUGUCCUUCCGUCCUCUGCUACAGGAGGGUCUUCAUACCUAGCAACCUCAGGGAACAAAGGGCUAUAGUCAACUCAAUCCAAAAUCCUAAACAUGAGGGGACUACAGAGGAGAUGGGUAGCAUUUUCUAGGAUACCCUCAUACUGAAAUGGCUUCUCUCCUGGUUUUGUGGUUGAGUCCCUUUCUGCUCCCCCAAUCUUUCUGGGGAGGCCGUAGAGCUAUCUCCGAAGGUGGAGUAUGUAGUUGGAGCACCUGCAAAGAAGGUGCUGAAGCUGGGUGUUUAUUGCCCUCUUCUGGAAGUGAAAGCCUCAUCAGGCCAACCUGCAGGAUACAGGAAGGCUUUUUAAACAUCCUAGGAGGGCAUGGCCACAUCCUGUAGUUCCGCUUUCUGCUCCUGAAUUUCCACUGUUUGUAGAGCAAAGAGAAAGCAUGUCUUACUUGAGUCAACUUGAUUUACGUUUCAACUUUCCUCAGCUAGUUCUGGGGUUCUGGAAGAAACAUACAUCUUUUCCUUUUCAUUCUGUCUCUUAUGACAUUGAAUCAGUUGAUAAGCUGAGCUUAAGAGAAAUAGACAUGUUCAGUACUUAUCUUCCUAAGUUAAGAGAGCAUUUGCUAUUGUUCUGGGUAAGGAGAGUCACCAAAGAGGAACAGCUUCACCGGGGCGGGGGAGCUGGGAAUUUUGGCAGAAACCACCUCAUAUCCAUGCUUUUUGGGAGAGAAUGGCAGAAGGUUCAGCUAAG